CAUCUUAAGAUCACUAGAAUCAAGCAAACAUUAAACAACUCCCUUCCUCUCUAAGAAGAUCAUGUAAUAAUGAUAUUUGUAGUACUAUCGUUUGUGUUUUCUUUAGUGUUUUUACUGUGGAAGAAGUUGGUUGAGAAAUGGAGAGGUGAAGCAUGUUAUAUCUUGGAGUAUGAAUGUUACAAACCAACUGAUGAUAGAAAGCUAGAUACGGAGUUAUGCGGAGAUCUCAUAAGAAGAAACAAGACUUUGGGUCUUGAAGAAUACAAAUUCCUUUUAAAAGCCAUAGUUAGUUCAGGCAUUGGUGAAGAAACUUAUGGACCAAGAAACAUUAUUGAAGGUCGUGAGAAUACUCCAUCUAUCAAAGAUAGUCUCAUUGAAGUAGAGGAAUUCUUUUACGAUACUCUCGACAAGCUUUUCGCGAAAUCGAAUGUUUCUCCGAAAGAUAUAGAUAUCCUUGUCGUUAAUAUCUCUAUAUUUGUUACUUCUCCUUCUUUAACUGCAAGGAUAAUUAACCGUUACAAAAUGAGAGAAGACGUUCAAGUGUUUAACUUGUCAGGAAUGGGGUGCAGUGCUAGUUUGAUAUCUAUCGACCUUGUCAGAAACAUCUUCAAAGUUCGUAAGAAUAGGUUGGCGAUCGUCGUUACAACCGAAUGCAUCGGCCCGAACUGGUAUUCAGGAAACGUCAAGUCCAUGAUUCUUACAAACUGUCUGUUUAGAUCAGGUGGGUGUGCUAUUCUUUUAUCAAAUAAUCCAAGUUUAAAACAUAAAGCUAUGUUUGAGUUGAAAUGUCUAGUUAGGACUCACUUGGGUGCAAGUGAUGAAGCUUAUGAAUGCUGCCAGCAACAAGAAGAUGAACUUGGAAGGCCAGGAAUUCAUCUCGGCAAGAAUUUACCCAAGGCUGCAACUCGAGCUUUCAUCAAAAACCUGACAGAAUUAGGACCUAAAAUAUUACCAUUACGGGAAUUAAUCCGUUACGUUCUAGUAUCAAAUCUUCGUCGAUAUAUGAAAAAUGGCUCACCGAAGCAAAGUGGUAGUAGUAGUAGUGUGAAUUUUAAGACUGGCGUAGAUCAUUUUUGCCUUCACCCCGGCGGAAAGGCAGUUAUCGAGGCAGUUGGAAAGAGCUUGGGGUUGUCAGAGUACGACUUAGAACCGGCUAGAAUGACACUGCAUAGAUUUGGUAAUACAUCGGCUAGUUGUCUUUGGUAUGUGUUAGCGUAUAUGGAAGCAAAAAAGAGACUUAAAAAGGGUGACAGGAUUUUGAUGAUAAGUUUUGGUUCUGGUUUUAAGUGCAAUAGUUGUCAUUGGGAGGUCUUAAGAGAUUUGGAUGAUGCAAAUGUUUGGGAAGAUUGUAUUGCUAGUUACCCUCCAAGUAACUUAACGAACCCUUUUAUGGAGAAGUACAGUUGGGUUAAUGAAGCUACUUCCGAUGAAAUAACGGGUUAUUGAAUGACUUUUCAAACUCCCAUUUCAUUUAUAAAUUUGUGUUAAGAACUAAAUUUUCUGUUAAUGUGAUUACCGGAGUAUUAAAUUGUGCUGUUGCUAGAUAAAGCCCGUGAGCAUUUAUUUUUUUGUCUGUAUUUAUUGGCUUGUAUUGCGGUAUAUAUUUGUGGGAAUAAAUAAGAGGGUUGUCUA